UUUUUCUUUUUCUUCUCCUUUAGUUUUAUUCAUUCUUGCGGAUUGAAAUUCCCACGAGCUAGUGUGACGACAGUUGAAACCUGUUGAUUUGAUUCUCUUGUUGUUCUUCUUGCGGAGGGUCAAGUUCAAUGGACGCUGGGUUACAUUUUUCAUUUUUUUUCUUUUCUUGCAUGGUGUGCAAAGAGCGACUAUCCAUUGAACUUUUGGUUUUUAUGUUGCUAAUCUUGGUGAGGUUGGCUUGCAGUUUUGUUGACGUGUGACGUCAUGCGGCAAGUGAUAAGAGCAAGCUGGUGUCAGGGGUCUAGCUCUAAAUCAAGUUUUUUUGUUCUUUGUUCUGAGCGUCGUUCUCUAGUGGUGCUUCUUCGUAGUAUGCGGCGGUGUUGCAGUUGCUAUCGACUGCCGUUUGUUUUCUUCUUCGGACGUCGUCGACAUUGCCGGUGGCUCGAAUGCGGCUCGAGCGCAUCGCGUGGAGGGUUGCAGUGGCGAGCGAUGUUGUUCUGUCUAGAUAUUGUGUUCUCUUUCCUCUUAUUGCUUACAUCUUGUUGCCGAGCUGAUCACAGAUUCUCAUUGCUGUUUCGCUGUUCCAAAUCGUUGGUCAUAUUUUUUUGUUUUCUUUUGUUGCUGGAGGCGGACAGCACGACAGCAAGCUAUCAUUGCACAGUCCAAAGGUUGGUUAGGCAGCGCGGUAGUCGUGGUAUUGGGAGAAGCUGCUUUGCAAUCUGGAAAUCAAGUACAUCGAAACAAUAUCAGGGCACGGACACUAGUUCGGUGUCUAAGAAGUUUCAGGGUCGGAACAACUAAGGCAUGGAACGAGCAAACUGUAGAUGCUCCACAACUUACUGCAAACUCAACAGUGGUUGGUCCCAAGCUGGAAAACUUCUUUGAGAGCCUGUCCGAGCAGACAUGCGGCGGGAUUCUGAUUACAUCAAAGGAGAAAUCUGGUGUCCUUGUUGACCCCAAUGCCCAAUACUUUCAAUCAUUCUGAUUACUCUAUUCCAAUUGAAUUAGAAAAACCAUGAUAAAGGCGGAUAUUUGACAGUUGUACUAAGCUUGCCUGGAGGAGUUCUAUCAUUGAUAUAUGCCAUUUGAGUA